AUGUUGUUCGCGAAGCUAGUGAGCGGCCUCCUGGCUCUUGCGGCCGGCGUCGCCGCCUACGGCAACCCGGGAGCCUGCUCUGGCGACUGCUGGGCCCACGACCCAGCUGUCAUUCAGCGGUCUUCGGAUGGUGUUUAUUUCCGCUUCAACACCGGCUCCAAGAUCGGCAUCUGGAAGUCCUCUGCUCUGGAGGGACCUUGGGUAUACCAGGGUGCGGCCAUUCCGGCGGGCAGCAAGAUCAAUCUGGCUGGGAAGGAUGAUCUUUGGGCCCCAGAUGUCCAGAAAGUUGGCAACAGCUACAUCAUGUACUACGCUGUGUCGACCUUCGGCUCGCAGAAUUCUGCCAUCGGCUAUGCGACCUCUUCUACCAUGGAGUACGGCUCCUGGACCGACCAUGGCGCAACCGGCAUUUCCUCCUCUUCGGGCAAGUCGUAUAACGCCAUCGAUCCGAACUUAAUCGCCGUAGGGUCCUCGUACCUGAUGACCUUCGGCUCGUUCUGGGGCGAUAUCUACCAGGCGCCCAUGUCGUCGGCGGCCACGUCGGCCACGGGCUCAUCCUACAACCUCGCCUACCAGCCGUCGGGCUCGCACGCGCAGGAGGGCGCCUUCAUGUGGUACCGGUCGGGCUACUACUACCUCUUCUGGAGCGAGGGCAUCUGCUGCGGCUACGACUCCAGCAAGCCCGCUGCCGGCGCCGAGUACAAGAUCCGCGUCUGCCGCAGCACCAGCGCCACCGGCGGCUUCGUCGACAAGAACGGCGCCAGCUGCACCAGCGGCGGCGGCACCACCGUUCUCGAGAGCCACGGCAAUGUCUACGGGCCCGGCGGCCAGGGUAUCUUCUCCGACGGAGCCCACGGCACCGUGCUGUACUACCACUAUGCCAACACCAACAUUGGUCUUGCGGACGCCAAGUACCAGUUUGGCUGGAACGUUAUUGGCUGGUCUGGUGGCUGGCCGUCUGUAUAG